CACAUCAACUAAUGCAGCUCCAGCAGCAGGCACCUCCGCCACUGAGGCAGCAGAGACCCAACCCAAACCUGAAGCCCCUAGAGCAGACGCAUCAACUAAUGCAACUGCAGCAGCAGGCACCUCCGCCACAGAGGCAGCAGAGAUCCAACCCGAACGCGAAGCUCGUAGAGCAGACCCUCUCGAGCUGCCGACCAUGUUGGACAUCAAGACCUCGGCUGACUACCUCAGCAGGACGGGGACCUUCACCAAUUUCUCCAUGCUCUUUGCUGACACCUCGUACAAAGGAUCAUGGACAUCCCACUCGGCGAGUCAGUCACAAGUAGAGAAGUUCACAUCUAAAAUAAAAAAUAACCAAAUUAAAAUAAUUAGGUA